AAUCAGUAACUUCUCAGUCUGACCUUUGUCCCAAGUCAACGGAUAAAUUUAAUGAUAAUAAAUAAAGAUAUAAAGGAUCUCAAAAACCUAAAUUUUCCACUCUGUUGCACGAGCCUAAUCCAGUGACAAGUGAGUGCCCGAGAGAUACAGAAAUUGAAAUUCCGAAAAUGGCUCCAGAACCAUUCAACCUCGAUCUGUCACCUCUCAGUGAGGAGGGAAAAAAAAUCGCCAAAGAAGAGCUGAGAGAAACUCCCGAAGUGGUUGCUGCAGCUCUUCAGGAGCUGAGGGAGCUAUUGGCCAACGAUGACACGAUUUUCUUCGAUACCGAUGAUGCCACCUUGAUGAUCUUCCUUAGACCUUGUAAAUUCUACGCCAAAAGUGCCUAUGAACUGAUGAAACGUGUUGCAGACUUCAGAGAAAAAUAUAAGGCAUCUUUGGAAAAUUUAAUGCCUGACGACGAAAAAGAUGCUUUCAUGAACCACAAUGUCGUCAAUGUAUUGAAAAAUGUGGACCACAAAGGGAGAAGAGUUAUGAUAGUGAAUUGUGGAGGUACUUGGAAUACAUCGAAAGUCACCUCUGAUCAGCUGUUCCGACUCUUCUACCUCAUCCACAUAGCAGCCACCCUAGAGCAAGAGGGACAAGUGAGAGGAUGUGUUGUCAUCAUGGAUUUCGAUGGUUUGGGAAUGAAGCAAGUUGCUGCCCUCAACCCAGUCUUCAGUAUGAAAUUACUAGGUUUCAUACAAGAUGCUAUGCCAAUGAGACUGAAGGAAGUACACAUGGUGAAACAACCUUUCAUCUUCAAGAUGGUGUGGAAGAUCUUCAGCCCCUUCAUCAGGGAGAAAUUGAAGAACAGGAUUUUCUUCCACGGAAGUGACAUGAAGAGCCUCCAAAAGCACAUUCCAGCUUCUCAUUUGCCUCAAGAUUACAAAGGUGACCUGCCAAAAAUCGAUUACUCAGGAAAGGAUUGGUUCCCUUGCAUCGAAAGUCACAGGGAGUACUACAAGAAAUGGAAUACAUGGGGCCUCAAGAAGAAGAAUUAAAAGUUUUCCUAGCAGUAUAAAUUUUUAAGUGGUAAAAGACUGUUAAGUAUCAUUACAAUAAUACACAUAGGUGAAGAAUUGAUGGAAGGCUUCAAAUGAAAUCGUCCUUUGAAGAUAUUUAUUUAUUUGUUAGAGAGUGAUUAAAGAAAUAAAAUGUU